AUGUAUGUAAAGAAGGCGCUUUGGAUAAUGGUUAGAGAGGGCUUUGUAAAACUUGGUAAAGACGAAAUCGUAAACGAAAAAGUUAUCGAUAUAGUCGGUGACGUUAAAAAGGUGAGUAUCACAACUCCCAAGAACAUGGGCGAAAGUCUAGGCAUCCAGAUGCACUGGCUGGGAAUUGUGUUCAAAGCUUUAGGAAAGCGUUUCUUAGUCGGCGCCCAGGUGUUGGAUAAUACGCACAAGAAACGGUUGUUCAGGUUUGACAGUGGUUGUCGGAGGUACAAAGUUACCUCUAUACUUACAAUACUUCCCUUGGCUAUGAAAGAUGAUUGGAAUUGCUUAGAAAUAGACUUAAGGAAGCAAUUGCAAAGGUUUUAUGGUACGGAUUUUGUUGAAAUCAUACGGAUUGAAGUGCAAGGAUCGUGUAGACUUCGAAGGAUUUUUACUUCGUAUGAUUCUCUGGCUGAUAUAAAUAUGCCUUUUGAUAUAAGACUUCUGAAAUAA